UCCUAGAUGACAAAAGUCCUCAAAGGGAAACAUUUUGCUGAUGUGGACGAGUUGAAACAACUGACAGAAGCAGUAAAAUGCAUCAAAAUGGAAGAGUUCAGAAACUGUUUUGAGCAGUGGAAAAAGCGUCUUGACAGGUGUAUUGCAUCAAAUGGAGAGUACUUUGAAGGUUCAUGAAAUGGACACAGAUGAUAAGGCUUCCCCCACCCUGGACUCUGCUGACGAUCUGCCUCGAUCCCCUUCUAGUCCUUCUCACCUCACACACUUCAAGCCUUUGACCCCUGAUCAGGAUGGGCCACCUUUUAAGUCAGCCUAUAGUUCUUUUGUGAAUCUCUUUCGAUUUAACAAAGAGAGGGUAGAAGGAGGCCAGGGAGAGCAGCAGCCCUUGAGUGGAAGUUGGACCAGCCCUCAGCUCACUUCGAGGACACCGUCUGUGCACUCACCCACGCCUCGCAAAAAGCAGGCUGAUGAGGAACUUCAGCGGUGCUCUUCAGCAGCCUUAGACACAAGAAGGAAAACAGAACCCGCUUUUGGAGGUCAUGACCCUCGUACAGCUGUUCAGCUUCGAAGCCUCAGCACAGUAUUAAAACGCCUCAAGGAAAUCAUGGAAGGGAAAAGCCAGGAUAGUGACCUGAAACAAUACUGGAUGCCAGAUAGCCAGUGUAAAGAGUGCUAUGACUGUAGUGAGAAAUUCACAACCUUUAGGCGCAGACACCAUUGCCGACUAUGUGGGCAGAUUUUCUGCAGUCGUUGCUGUAAUCAAGAGAUCCCUGGAAAAUUUAUGGGCUAUACAGGGGACCUCCGAGCUUGCACGUACUGUAGAAAAAUAGCCUUAAGUUAUGCACAUUCCACAGACAGCAACUCCAUCGGGGAAGACCUGAGUGCUCUUUCAGACCCUGCUUGCUCGGUGUCUGUCCUUGAUCCAGGUGAACCGCGGACGCCUGUAGGGAGUCGAAAAGCCAGCCGCAACAUCUUUUUAGAGGAUGGCUUGGCCUGGCAGAGUUUGAUUCAUCCAGAUUCCUCAAAUGCUGCUCUUUCAACAAGACUUGUAUCUGUUCAAGAGGAUGCUGGGAAAUCUCCUGCUCGAAAUAGAUCAGCCAGCAUUACUAACCUGUCACUGGAUCGAUCUGGUUCUCCUAUGGUACCUUCCUAUGAGACAUCUGUCAGUCCCCAGGCUAACCGAACAUAUGUGAGGACAGAGACCACUGAGGAUGAACGCAAAAUUCUUCUGGACAGUGUUCAGUUAAAGGACCUGUGGAAAAAAAUCUGCCAUCACAGUAGUGGAAUGGAGUUCCAGGAUCACCGCUACUGGUUGAGAACGCAUCCCAACUGCAUCGUCGGGAAGGAGUUAGUCAACUGGCUGAUCCGGAAUGGACACAUUGCUACGAGAGCGCAAGCCACAGCACUUGGACAAGCACUGGUCGACGGACGUUGGCUAGAUUGUGUUAGUCAUCAUGACCAGCUUUUCAGAGAUGAGUAUGCACUGUAUAGGCCGCUGCAGAGUACAGACUUUUCUGAGACACCUUCUCCAGACAGUGACUCGGUGAACUCCGUGGAAGGACACUCUGAGCCAUCCUGGUUUAAAGACAUAAAGUUUGAUGACAGCGACACAGAACAGAUAGCAGAAGAAGGUGACGAUAAUUUGGCUAAUUCUGCCAGUCCUAGCAAGCGCACAUCAGUCAGCAGUUUCCAGUCCACAGUGGACAGUGACUCAGCCGCGUCUAUCAGCCUGAACGUGGAGCUGGACAACGUGAACUUCCAUAUCAAGAAGCCCUCCAAGUACCCACAUGUGCCCCCUCACCCUGCUGACCAAAAAGAGUAUUUGAUUUCUGACAAUGGAGGACAACAGCUCUCGAUAAGUGACGCCUUCAUCAAAGAAUCCUUAUUUAAUCGCCGGGUAGAGGAAAAAUCCAAAGAACUGCCUUUCACGCCUUUGGGCUGGCAUCACAACAACCUGGAGCUCCUGAGAGAGGAGAAUGGGGAGAAACAAGCCAUGGAGAGGUUGCUCUCAGCUAAUCAUAGCCACAUGAUGGCACUACUCCAGCAGUUACUCCACGAUGACUCACUGUCACCGUCUUGGCGAGACAUCAUUGUGUCCCUGGUCUGCCAAGUUGUUCAGACAGUCCGACCUGAUGUCAAGAACCAGGAUGAUGACAUGGAUAUCCGUCAGUUUGUCCACAUCAAAAAGAUCCCAGGUGGAAAGAAGUUUGAUUCUGUGGUUGUCAAUGGAUUUGUUUGUACCAAGAACGUUGCACAUAAAAAGAUGAAUUCCUACAUCAAAAACCCCAAAGUUCUUCUGCUGAAGUGUUCCAUCGAGUAUCUCUACCGAGAAGAAACGAAGUUUGCUUGCAUUGAUCCUAUUGUGCUCCAGGAAAGGGAAUUCUUGAAGAAUUAUGUCCAGCGAAUUGUUGAUGUUCGACCCACAUUGGUUCUAGUUGAAAAAACAGUGUCUCGGAUUGCCCAGGACAUGCUAUUGGAACAUGGCAUUACUUUGGUCAUUAAUGUAAAAUCACAAGUUUUAGAGCGAGUCAGUCGGAUGACCCAAGGUGAUUUGGUAAUGUCGAUGGACCAACUGCUUACGAAGCCACACCUGGGCACUUGUCACAAAUUUUAUAUGCAGAUAUUUCAGUUGCCUAAUGAACAAAGCAAAACGCUGAUGUUUUUUGAAGGCUGUCCCCAGCACCUCGGCUGUACAAUCAAGCUCAGAGGGGGCUCUGAUUAUGAGCUAGCUCGAGUCAAGGAGAUCCUCGUAUUUAUGAUCUGUGUAGCUUACCAUUCUCAGCUGGAAAUAGCCUUCCUCAUGGAUGAGUUUGCCAUGCCUCCCACGUUGAUGCCCAGCGCCUCGUUCCACUCUCGGACUGAGGAUCGGGGACUGGAGGAGGGGGCGCAAGAGCAGUGCCCCGGAGGCUCCCUCCCCUGGGACCCUGAUGUUCCUCCCAAGGCUCUGCUUCCUGACGAGAGCAGUUGGCUGGAAUCAAGGAUUCUCUUUGAGAAGGGCGAGCAGGAAAGUAAGAGUGUUCCCCAGGCUGUGGUGUCGGCGAAGCCUCCAGGUCAUGCCCCGGCGGCGUGCCCGGCUGCUCUGCCCUGCGGCUUCUUUCCGUCGGUACCGGAAUCGUUGUUGCCGCCUGGCGCGGAUGACCCGCAGGAUGCUGCCGGCAGGGAGCAGCCUGAGACUUGGCGGCAGAUGGACGAGCGGCAGGAUCCCAGGGGCCAGACGAGAGCCUUUCGAGACCCCCUGCAGGACGACACGGGGCUGUAUGUCGCUGAGGAAGCUGCCUCCUCGGAAGAUAAGCGACAGUCUUACGCUCUGGCCUUUAAACAGGAACUGAAAGAUGUGAUCCUCUGUAUUUCCCCGGUCAUCACAUUUCGGGAACCCUUCCUCUUAACCGAAAAGGGCAUGAGGUGCUCUGCGCGAGAUUAUUUUGCUGAGCAGGUUUACUGGUCUCCCCUCCUCAACAAAGAGUUCAAAGACAUGGAGAACAGGAGGAAGAAGCAGUUGCUCAGGGAUCUGUCUGGACUUCAGGGCGUGAAUGGAAGUAUUCAGGCCAAGGCUGUCCAGCUCUUACCCUCGCAUGAGCUAGUGAGCACUAGAAUUGCCGAGCAUCUGGGUGAAAGUCGCAGCUUGGGUAGAAUGCUGGCUGAUUUUCGAGCCAGAGGAGGGAGAAUUCAGCAAAAAAAUUCAGACCCUUUUGCCCGUUCAAGGGAUGAGUCAGGUACUUCAGGUGGCAAAUCGGGAAGCAAAACUGAAGGGGAUGAAGAGAGAGGGCUGGCUCCAGGGGAUGCGGUGUGGUCAACCAAGGUGGACUGUCUGCGCCCAGCUCUCCACCAGCGACUGUGUGUGCUCUUCAGCAGCUCCUCCGCCCAGUCCAGCAACGCGCCCAGCGCCUGCGUCAGUCCUUGGAUUGUAACAAUGGAAUUUUAUGGAAAGAAUGAUCUUACAUUAGGAAUAUUCUUAGAGAGAUACUGUUUCAGGCCUUCUUAUCAGUGUCCCAGCAUGUUCUGUGACACCCCCAUGGUGCAUCACAUCCGGCGCUUUGUUCAUGGCCAAGGCUGUGUGCAGAUCAUCCUGAAGGAGCUGGAUUCUCCAGUACCUGGAUAUCAACAUACAAUUCUCACCUAUUCCUGGUGCAGAGUCUGCAAACAGGUAACACCAGUUGUCGCUCUUUCCAAUGAGUCCUGGUCUAUGUCAUUUGCAAAAUACCUUGAACUUAGGUUUUAUGGGCACCAGUAUACUCGCAGAGCCAAUGCUGAGCCUUGUGGUCACUCAAUCCAUCAUGAUUAUCACCAGUAUUUCUCCUAUAACCAGAUGGUAGCAUCUUUCAGUUAUUCCCCCAUUCGGCUUCUUGAAGUAUGUGUUCCACUCCCCAAAAUUUUCAUCAAGCGUCAAGCCCCAUUAAAAGUGUCCCUUCUUCAGGAUCUGAAGGACUUCUUUCAAAAAGUUACACAGGUAUAUCUUGCUGUUGAUGAAAGACUUGCAUCUUUGAAAACUGAUACAUUCAGCAAAACAAGAGAGGAAAAAAUGGAAGAUAUCUUUGCACAAAAAGAGAUGGAGGAGGGCGAGUUUAGGAACUGGAUUGAGAAGAUGCAAGCCCGACUCAUAUCUUCCUCUCUAGAUAACCCUCAACAGCUGCAGUCGGUCUUUGAGUCACUCAUUGCCAAGAAACAAAGUCUCUGUGAAGUGCUACAAGCUUGGAAUAACAGGUUGCAGGACCUUUUCCAACAGGAAAAGGGUAGAAAGCGGCCUUCAGUUCCUCCAAGUCCUGGAAGACUGAGACAAGGGGAAGACAGCAAGAUAGGUGCAAUGGAUGCAUCGCCACGGAAUAUUUCUCCAGGACUUCAGAAUGGGGACAAAGAGGACCGCUUCUUAACAACCCUGUCCAGCCAGAGCUCCACCAGUUCUACCCAUCUCCAGUUGCCUACUCCUCCUGAAGUCGUGUCCGAGCAGCCGGUGGGAGGGCCUCCCGACUUAGAUACAGCCAGCAGCUCUGAAGAUGUGUUUGAUGGACAUUUGCUGGGAUCCACAGACAGCCAGGUGAAGGAAAAGUCAACCAUGAAAGCCAUCUUUGCAAAUUUGCUUCCAGGAAAUAGCUAUAAUCCUAUUCCAUUUCCUUUCGAUCCAGAUAAACACUACUUAAUGUAUGAACAUGAGCGUGUGCCCAUCGCAGUCUGUGAGAAGGAGCCCAGCUCCAUCAUUGCUUUUGCUCUCAGUUGUAAAGAAUACCGAAAUGCCUUAGAAGAAUUGUCUAAAGCGACCCAGUGGAACAGUGCUGAAGAGGGGCUUCCAGCAAACAGUGCUUUAGACAGCAGACCAAAGAGUAGCAGCCCUAUUAGAUUACCUGAAGUCAGUGGAGGACAGACAAACCGUACAGCAGAAGCAGAACCACAACCACCCAAAAAGGCUUCUGGAAUGUUGUCCUUCUUCAGAGGGACAGCAGGGAAAAGCCCUGAUCUCUCUUCCCAGAGGAGAGAAACCCUGCGUGGAGCAGACAGUGCUUACUACCAGGUUGGGCAGACGGGCAAGGAGGUGAUGGAGAAUCCAGGCGUCGAGCCUCAAGAUGAGGUGGACGGAGGAGACCCACAAAAGAAACAACUCACAAACCCUCAUGUGGAGCUUCAAUUUUCCGAUGCUAAUGCCAAGUUUUACUGUCGGCUCUAUUACGCGGGAGAGUUUCACAAGAUGCGCGAAGUGAUUCUGGGCAGCAGCGAGGAAGAUUUCAUCCGCUCCCUUUCCCAUUCGUCGCCCUGGCAGGCCCGAGGAGGCAAGUCCGGAGCUGCCUUCUAUGCCACUGAAGAUGAUAGAUUCAUUUUGAAGCAAAUGCCUCGUCUGGAAGUCCAGUCUUUCCUUGACUUCGCCCCACACUACUUCAAUUACGUUACAAAUGCUGUUCAACAAAAGAGGCCUACCGCCUUGGCCAAAAUCCUUGGCGUUUACAGAAUUGGCUAUAAGAACUCCCAGAACAACACCGAGAAGAAGCUAGAUCUCCUUGUCAUGGAAAACCUUUUCUAUGGGAGGAAGAUGGCGCAGGUUUUUGAUUUGAAGGGCUCACUUAGGAAUCGAAAUGUAAAAACUGACACUGGGAAAGAGAGCUGCGAUGUGGUCCUGCUGGAUGAAAACCUCCUAAAGAUGGUUCGGGACAACCCUCUGUACAUUCGUUCUCACUCCAAAGCUGUGCUGAGAACCUCAAUCCAUAGUGACUCCCAUUUCCUUUCCAGCCACCUCAUCAUAGAUUACUCUUUGCUAGUUGGGCGAGAUGAUACUAGCAAUGAGCUAGUCGUUGGGAUUAUAGAUUAUAUUCGAACAUUUACAUGGGACAAAAAGCUUGAGAUGGUUGUGAAAUCAACAGGAAUUUUAGGAGGACAAGGUAAAAUGCCAACCGUGGUCUCCCCAGAGCUGUACAGGACUAGGUUUUGUGAAGCAAUGGACAAGUAUUUCCUGAUGGUACCCGACCACUGGACAGGCCUGGGUCUGAAUUGCUGAAGUCAAGCACGUAUUUUGAAACUGACUGUGAAGGAAAGGGGGGCAGGGCAAAGGGCCAGACAGAAGCCACGUGUUCUUUCUUCAUCAUCUUCAGCGUGGUCUGCAAAGGCCUUCAGUUCUGUGACUCCUUCGACUCUCCAUAACUGAACGGUAAAAACUCCGUGGAUUGGCCCUUUGGUGUUUGGCAGCUCCUGAUUAGCUGCCUGUAUGUGGGGAAGCUGCAUGACCGUUUUCUCUCUUCAGCUGAAUACAGAAAUGAUUCCAAGGGCUAAGGUUAGAGAGAGUAGAUAGGGCGGAAAACGGACUGUGUACUUGCUAACUUAAUUAAGAGGAGAACAACGCCAGGUGUGAUGAUCCUGGCAUCCGUCACAUUUGACACAUUCUUUACUUAGCAUUUGUAGUGCUGCUGACUUUGUUCUGUGUGUUCUUUUCAAUGUAAUAAUAUAAUGUUACUUACAAUCAGAAUUCCUGAGACCUUUAGAAAAAUGCUGAUUCAUUCCUUUCGUGGACAAUUAAGCAGGUUGGCCCUUACUAUUUUAUUGAGGAAUUUGACUUAUGGAAUCCUGUCCAUGUUCUGUCUUCCCAGCUUGCCUUGUCUUCCAGUGUGUUUGAUGUUUGUAAAAUUCUGUCUUCUCUGUGGGCGACAGGAGGCCGCGGCCAUUAUUGUUAAACCUUUUUCAGAGCUGUUUCUAAACCUCAGUAAAACUUUUGUAUAAUUAACAUAUAAAACUGCACUCACUGGCAAAUUAAUAUGCUCUUGUUCUAGGUUCCCUCCCUCCAUUUUCAGGGAAACAUAGUAACCAUUAGUACAUGAAUUGGGAGUUACUUACUUUCUAAUGGAAUACUUAUCAAUGAAGAAUUUUUUAAGGUAAAAAAUAAAUUAGGUCUGAUCCAAGAAAUUGGAUGAGAAGAAAACACUUCAUUGGUGUU